AUGGAGGCAGACCCGGUUACUUUUGAUGACGCGUCACCUUCAUUUGUGCGUCGUAAACGAUUGAGUGAACGUGUCGCUAAUGUUCUGCAAUUUGGGCGGCCGCCAUCGCGCGGUGCCUCCAGCAUCAAUCGCUUAGCACCCAACGCGAGCACUGCACCACCGCGUACUCCACCACGUGCAAUAAGAAAAACCCCUCAAGGGGGAACCACCACCCGACGCUCGGCGUCAACGGCUGUGGUGUUGUUGGCCCCUCCAAUUGAUAAAUUAAUUAUCGGGACGCAUGACGUUGCCACGCAGCAUGGGGAGGCACAAACAUUAAAACAUCAAAAGCGAGCAUUGCCGAGGAAUGACACUCACAUACAUUCAGUCCAUGUACCGAGAGGCUUAAAGGACUUCAUAGCUGCACCUGCGUCUUUGCCAGUCACGAGCGAUCAAGCAAUCCACAAUAAUUGUUUCCCUUCUCCUUCCUCUUCCUUUGUUUCCACUGCCUUAACAGCUGAGGUAUUGGGUAGAAGUGCAUCCCAACACUCCCGCGGGAAACAGAUGUCGCAACCACACCAACCCCAACAGGAGGGAAGCCCCGGUAUUUUGUCGAGUCAAAUGACACCCUUAAGUUUGCGGAAUUUGUCAUGUGGCGAUUCAUCGUGUACAGGUGAACUGGCUGUGUUAGAGAGAACAUCAAGAGGAGGGGAACGAGGGGAAAUCAAUUUGACGCAAUACGCGACCAAAUACGUCGUCCCAUGUGUGAUGGAGGAGAAGGAGGAAGAAGAAGAAGAAAAGGAGAUGCCUGGUCCCCCGUUUCAACAAGAAGAAUACGAAGAAAAGCGACAUGUUUCUCAUCAAAAAGCAAUGGAGACAAAAUGUGACGACAGCAGAAUUCAUUCCAUACCUUCAACCUCUUUCUUGGAUGGUGCAACGCCUCCCACAGACAUGGAGACCGAUGCGCUACAGACGCGGAGGUCUGUCUUUCGUCCAACGUCGUUUUUGUCACCUCCAUACGAAAAAAUUGAUGUCACAACACUACUGGUAGUGGCUAAGGGCGGGUUGAGUGUAAGUAGCAGCGAGAACUAUCACCACAACAAGAAGAGCCAUGCAGGUGAAAUGGGCAUGAAACUUACCCCUGGGCCGCUGCUUGUGCGUGUGUUUGUGCCUCAAACCAUGUUGGAGGAGACGACCGUACUUGACCUCAAGAUGGAGGUGGAGCGUCAUGUUGAUAUCGCCGCCGCACAGCAGACGUUGAGAGCCGACGGUGUAGUGCUGUUGGAUGAAUUGCCGCUCUCCUUCUUGGAUCCCUCGACAAUUCUCUUCAUGGAUGUAGAGCUCCCCUCGGAAGACAGGAGGGAAGAACAUUCAAGGUGGAGGAAUAGGCAUGCGGUGCCGCAGACGGAUUCCCCACCUGCACUGCAGCAGUGUGAGGCAUCUUCGUUGCCAUCACCGCCUGUGUGUGAUGCUUUGUUAGAGCAGAUGGAGAAGUUUAUGCGAGCUCCGGUGAAGCAACCACACGUGGCGGCAGAGAAAUCUGCCAUCUCCUCCUCCGCCACCUCCCCCGCAGAUGCCUUACGCCCAACGAUAUUAAAAGUCACAGUGAGUCCGACAACACACUCAACAAAGAUGAAGGCUCCUCAUGUGACGCCCGCCAUUGUUAACACCAAUAGUAGUCAUCAAGCGGUUUCUCUGGAGAAUCUUCAAAGUGCCAAUUGCAUGGAGACGGCUAAUGAUACGGACAACGCUGAUGAUGAUGACGAUGGGAUGACGCAUGAGAGGAAGAAACAGAACACGGCAGAUGUCACCGCCAUUUUCCCACCCCAAGGCACGGCAGACCCUUCCGGCAGCGUAUUGUUUGGUGUUGGUUCGGCUAUGCACAGAGACACUGCGGAUGCGGAUUCCAUUUUAUCUAAAAGACCAUCUGUGAAUUCGCAUGGGUUGCUGGAGGACGCCAUGACACGAGCGCAGCAACAGGUGGAGUUGUUGUCAUGGCUCUGUAGUAGAUCUGUUCACUCCGGUAAACGAAGCGGUGGUAAUUCUCUGAGCGGGAACGUAAGAAGAGAGUAA